AUGUCUGAAAGGCUGUGGUCCAAGGCCAUUUUUGUUGGCUAUGAGUGGGAUCUCUGGAGCCAGAGGGAACAUAUGGCUCUUCUUAAAAUUGAAGGUGUUUUUGCUCCAGAUGGAACUGAAUUCUGUCUAGGCAAGAGAUGUGCUUAUGUGUACAAAGUAAAGGACAACAAAGUGACUCCUGGUGGCAAACCAAACAAAACCAGAGUAAUCUGGGGAAAAAUAACUUGUGCUCAUGGAACCAUAGUGAUGGUUCAUGUCAAAUUCCAAAGGAAUCUUCCUGCUAAAGUCAUUGGCCUCAGAAUCCGGGUGAUGAUGUAUCCCUCAGGGAUUUAA